ACUCGGCAGGCACACCGACGCAAAGCGUGGGGUACUGGAGGCAGUGUUUUCCUCCUGUGGACUAAUCAUUUAGAACUAUCUCUAAUACGCAAGGUCUUUCGGGUUGGGCUAACGAAACUUUUCUAAUCUCACAGAAUUUAUGAAUCGCUACACAUUUUUUCUGCUGGAUAUUCUUUUUUAACGAUACAGUUUCCUUCACAAGUUUGCCUACCCUCUGGCUUGUAAGUGGCAAGUGGCAUCAUACGGCUCCCCCCCGAAAACGCUCUCCGCUCCCAACAAAGUGAUCAGGACGAAGAGCAGCAGAGGUCACACCCAGAUUUGGGCGUUUGGCAGAGGAGUCCAGAGUGGAGUCCAGGUGCUUUACAGCAACGGGCACGCUUUCAGGCAGAGCCCAUCAUUCACUCGCCGCACCGGUGCAGCCUCCAGCAACUCCCACCCUCCUCUUAGGGAUCCUCCCCUCCCUCCAGACUUGCACCAGAGCAAAAUUAGGCUCCGCACCCAGAGGGAGAGCAUCAGUAGAAUGUCCAGUGGGUCCAAUGUAGACGCCGACGCGCCGAGGAUCUGAUUUCUUUUUUUGUAUUUCUUCUAAACAACGGACAUCACACUGGCAUGGGACUCUCGCUGGCGUCUACGCCGGGCACUCCUCCUCCGCCUCCGGUCGGUGCCCUGAGGAGCAGCCAUGCUCCUGCCCACUGACGCGCGCCCCUCUUCCCUCCCUGAUCCCGGUCUCCCUGGUCCCGGUCCCCCCGGCUGCCGCCCCCCCCGGCCAUGCCUCUGCCUCCGCUCGAGGAGGAGCUCCCUCCGCACCUCCUCCCCGGCACCUCCUCCACCCUGAACAACGUCUACAUCGGCCUGGAGCUGCUCAUCGCGCUGCUGGCCGUGGCGGGCAACGUGCUGGUCUGCUGGGCCGUGUCGCUCAACAGCAACCUGCAGAGCAUCACCAACUACUUCGUGGUGUCGCUGGCCGUGGCUGACAUCGCCGUGGGCCUGCUGGCCAUCCCGUUCGCCGUGGCCAUCAGCACGGGCUUCUGCUCGCACUUCCACGGCUGCCUGUUCAUCGCCUGCUUCGUGCUGGUGCUGACGCAGGGCUCCAUCUUCAGCCUGCUGGCCAUCGCCAUCGACCGCUACAUCGCCAUCAAGAUCCCCCUCAGGUACAACAGUCUGGUGACUGGCCGAAGAGCCAAGGGCAUCAUUGCCAUUUGCUGGAUACUCUCUGUUGUCAUCGGCCUGACGCCAAUGUUGGGGUGGAACAAGGGCCUCAACGCCACUGCCCCUGCCCUUGCCAACAUCAACGCCAACGCCAAUGCGUCCUCGCCCGUGUGCCCAGCGGGCAUGACCAGGUGCCUGUUUGAGGAUGUGGUCAGCAUGGACUACAUGGUCUACUUCAACUUCUUCGGCUGCGUGCUGGCGCCCCUGCUGGCCAUGCUGGGCAUCUACACGCGCAUCUUCAUGGCGGCGCGGAGGCAGCUGCGCCUCAUGGACCUCAAGCUGGCCAACGUGCCCCGCCACAUCCACCAGAUGGGGGCCGGCCCGGCAUCCUCCUCGGCGGCAACCUCCUCCUCCUCCUCCUCCGCCUCGCGCUCCACCCUCCAGAAGGAGGUCCACGCGGCCAAGUGCCUGGCCAUCAUCGUGGGCCUGUUCGCCGUGUGCUGGCUGCCCGUGCACAUCCUCAACUGCCUGACCCUCUUCUGCGGGCCGCACCAGCGGCCCGAGUGGAUCAUCUACCUGGCCAUCAUCCUGUCGCACGGCAACUCGGUGGUCAACCCGUUCAUCUACGCGUACCGCAUCCGCGAGUUCCGCCACACGUUCCGGCGGAUCAUCCGGCAGAACCUCCUGCCGGGCCGGAGCCGGCGGCUGGGCGGGCUGGGAGGAGGGGCGAUCAGCCGGAUCGGCAACACGUCGUCGCCGGCGGUCAGCAUGGUGGACUCCACCUGCACGGUGGUGAACGGCUACGCGCUGGAGCCCAGUCCCAAGCUCGGCCCCAGCCCCGGGGCGAGUCCGGCCCCUCGAGACGGCCGCCGGCUGGGCUACCUGCAGGAGGGCUCCGCGGGGCUUCCCCGCUGGGACGGUAGCCUGGGCGUGGUGCUCGUGGGCUACACGAACAAUGGCCGCGGCGCCGGCUCCGACGACACCAACGGCAGCGGCGGCGGCUUCCUGCACACGCCCCAGCUGACCCCGCAGGCUGCCCACCGCGCCAGGGGCUGUGCCUGGCGACACGAGCGCGAGGGCAGCCCGCCGCCCAGGGCAGCCGAGGUCGUGGAAGUGAAGGAUUGCGGGACGGUUUCGCCAGCGGACGUCAGAUCACUGUUCUCCGUAAGGACUAACCUCCCCACAGAGCUCACGCGGGUCUCGUGAUAAUCACAGUGGUCCCGAUGACUACAUGAAGGAAACGUUCAAGGAACGUUCAAAUGAACCACUGAAAUCCGCACAAUACUGGUGCGGUGGACUCUGGGUGGACUACAUGACACAUCUAUAGGUCCAGGUCAGGGUGUGAUGGACAACUUGAAACAUUAAGUCAUGGACAUUUCAGACCACUUUCCUCAUGAACUUGGGACUGACCAUUGAUACCACAUAGACACUUGUAUCUGCUCUGCAAAAACUGCUAGGAAACUGUUAGUGAUGUACUGUGAAGUAUUCUCAUUUCUUUACAACACUGGCUUUACACAGACCAGGUGAUAGCAAACUCUCCCCCAGAUUACUUAUCGACUCUGGAUUGUCUGAGUCUUUGCACUUGUCAUUGAUCAUAUUGACUGACCGUUCUAAGUAAGCAUGUUUAUUGUAUCUCAGUCCCUGACAUCAUCUUGUUUUGGUGUUGACUAUACAGUAUGUGACCAAAUAUACCAU